AUGGAAUAAUCCUCAUUUAUCAUUUCUGACUUAUUGACUCAUUAUACUAUUCUACUGAUAUAUUUUAAAGAUUCAACGAAAAGAAGGAUAAAGAAAGACAACAAAACACUCAAUAAAAAACUUAAUCAAUAAAAUUUAAGGAGUAAAUUCUAUCCCAAUAAUCAAUGA